CUCAGUCGUGGGAACAGCCUUCCGAAAUGAGAAAUGAGAAAUGAGGUCUUGAACCUUGCUGUUGCUAAAGAUAAUAUCAGAAAAGAAAUGGAAUCUAAUGUAAAUCAAGAUGGGGUGCCUAGACCAUCUUAUGUUUUCAGUGCUGACCCAAUUGCAAGGCCUUCGGAAAUAAAUUUUGAUGGUAUUAAGCUUGACCUCUCUCGUGAAUUUUCCUUAGUUGCUUCAAGCACUGAGGCAAACAGUUUGGAAUCCAAAGAUUAUCUCCAGGUUUGUCUUCGAGUAAGACCAUUCACACAGUCAGAAAAAGAACAUGAGUCUGAGGGCUGUGUGUAUAUUCUGGAUUCACAGACCGUUGUGCUGAAGGAUCCUCAAAGUAUCCUUGGUCGGUUAAGUGAGAAAAGCUCUGGGCAGAUGGCACAGACAUUCAGUUUUUCCAAGGUUUUUGGCCCAGAAACUACACAGAAGGAAUUCUUCCAGGGUUGCAUUCUACAGCCAGUUAAAGACCUCUUGAAAGGACAAAGUCGGCUGAUUUUUACUUAUGGGCUAACCAAUUCAGGAAAAACUUAUACAUUUCAAGGCACAGAAGAAAAUACUGGCAUUCUACCUCGAACUUUGAAUGUAUUAUUUGAUAGUCUUCAGGAAAGACUGUGUACAAAGAUGACCCUUAAACCACAUAGGUCCAGAGAAUACUUACGUUUAUCACCAGACCAAGAGAAAGAAGAAGUAGCUAGCAAAAGUGCAUUGCUUCGGCAAAUUAAAGAGGUUGUUAUGCAUAAUGACAGUUAUGAUACUCUUUAUGGAAGUUUAACAAACUCUUUGAAUAUCCCAGAGUUUGAAGAGUCCAUGAGAGACUGUGAACACGCGAGCUUGAAUAUGGAUAAUAAUAUAAAAUUUUCUGUGUGGGUUUCUUUCUUUGAGAUUUACAAUGAAUGUAUUUAUGAUUUGUUUGUUCCUGUCUCAUCUAAAUUCCAAAAGAGAAAGAUGCUACGCCUUUCCCAAGAUGUAAAGGGCUAUUCUUUUAUAAAAGAUCUACAGUGGGUUCAAGUAUCUGAUUCCAAAGAAGCGUAUAGACUUUUAAAACUAGGAAUAAAGCACCAGAGUGUUGCUUUCACAAAACUGAACAAUGCUUCCAGUAGAAGUCAUAGCGUAUUCACUAUUAGAAUAUUACAGAUUGAAGAAUCGGAAAUGCCUCGUGUAAUGCGAGUCAGUGAAUUGUCUUUAUGUGAUCUUGCUGGUUCAGAACGAAGCAUGAAGACACAGAAUGAAGGUGAAAGGUUAAGAGAGACUGGAAACAUCAACACUUCUUUAUUGACUCUGGGAAAGUGUAUCAAUGUUUUGAAGAACAGUGAAAAGUCAAAGUUUCAACAGCAUGUGCCUUUCCGGGAAAGUAAACUGACCCACUAUUUUCAAAGUUUUUUCAGUGGUAAAGGGAAAAUAUGUAUGAUUGUCAACAUCAACCAAUGUUUUCUUGCCUAUGAUGAGACACUCAAUGUGUUGAAGUUCUCAGCCAUUGCACAAAAAGUUUGUGUUCCAGACACUUUAAAUUCCUCUCAAGAGAAAUCAUUUGGACCUGUCAAAUCUUCUCAAGAUGUAUCACUAGAUAUUAAUAGUUCAGAUAAUAAAAUACUAAAUGAAAAAAGAUCCACAAUUUCAUGGGAAAGUAGUCUAGAAGAUGUGGUGGAAGUUGAAGAUUUGGUUGAGGAUCUAGAAGAAGCUGAAGAAAAGCAAAAUGUGGAAAGUGAAUUUACUGAUGAAGAUCUAGAUAAAACAUUAGAGGAUGAUAAGGCUUUCAGUAGCCAUGAGGAGAAGAGAAAACUUUUGGAUUUAAUAGAAGACUUGAAAAAAAAACUAAUAAAUGAAAGAAAAGAAAAGUUAACAUUGGAAUUUAAAAUCCGUGAAGAAGUUACACAGGAGUUUACUCAGUAUUUGGCUCAACGGGAAGCUGACUUUAAGGAAACUCUCCUUCAGGAACGAGAGAUAUUAGAAGAAAAUGCUGAAUGUCGUUUGGCUAUCUUCAAGGAUUUGGUUGGUAAAUGUGACACUCAAGAAGAACCAAACAAUGAAGAUCGUGCCAUGAAAGCUGAAACUGAAGAAGGACAGAAUUAUGUAGGAAUUGAAGAUAUUAUUGGUUCUCUUCAAGAUGAUGUCACUGAUAUUAAGAAACAGGCUGAAAUUGCUCACUUAUGUAUUGCAUCUCUUGCUGACCCCCAGGAAGCUAUUGCUUGUUUAGAAUUAAAGUUUAAUCAAGUUAAAGCUGAAUUAGCUAAAACCAAAGAAGAAUUAAUCAAAACCCAGGAAGAGUUAAAAAAGAGAGAAAAUGAAUCAGAAAUUAAUUUAAAUUCAUUGGUUCAAGAGCUUGAGAAAUCUAUUAAGGACAAUGCUGGUACAUCUACUUUAAUAAUAAACAAUAAAUUGGUUUGUAAUGAAAUGAUUGAAAUGUCUAAGGACAGCAAAACUAAAACCUAUUCAGGAAGAAAAAGAUUAAAUGAAAUUGAACUUCAACAAGAUGAACCACCAGCAAAGAAAGCAUAUUUUGUUUAUGACUUAGAGGACAAUGCUGGUACAUCUACUUUAAUAAUAAACAAUAAAUUGGUUUGUAAUGAAAUGAUUGAAAUGUCUAAGGACAGCAAAACUAAAACCUAUUCAGGAAGAAAAAGAUUAAAUGAAAUUGAACUUCAACAAGAUGAACCACCAGCAAAGAAAGGACCUACACAUGUUAGUCCAACCAUCACUGAAGACCAAAAGAAAAGUGAAGAAAUGCAAGAGAGCAUUGCAGAAGAUGAGGAAAACAUUAGAGUUUUACAAGAAAAUAAUGAAGAGCUGAAAACACGUUUACUCAUUGUUGAGAAUGAACUUAAAAAUGAAAAGGAAGAAAAAGCAGAAUUAAAUAAACAGAUUGUUAGCUUGCAGCAGGAACUCUCUUCUUCUGAAAAAAAGAGUUGUAGUUUUAGUGUAGAGGUCCAACAAAUUCAGUCAAAUUAUGACAAUGUGAUUUCUGAAUUACAUGUGCAGAGAGGUAUAAAUCAAGAACAGGAGGAGAGGAUUAUGAAAUUGUCAAAGGAGAUAGAAACUGCUAGAAGAAACAUAACAAAUAAUGUUUCACAAAUAAAAUUAAUGCAAACAAAAAUAGAUGAAUUGCGUACACUUGAUUCAGUUUCUCAGAUCUCAAACAUAGAUUUACUCAGUCUCAGGGAUCUGUCAAAUGGUUCUCAAGAGGAUAAUUUGCCAAAUACACAGGUACAUCUUUUGGAUAAUGAUUAUUUGAUAAGUAAGCAAGUUAAAGAAAAUGGUAUUCAAGAACUUGGUAGGGAAAGGUCUUUCCACUCUACUGUUGAAGCCAUUUGGGAAGAAUGUAAGGAGAUUGUAAAGAGUUCCUCCAAAAAAAGACAUCAGAUCCAGGAACUGGAACAACAAAUUGAAAAAUUACAGGCAGAAGUAAAAGAUUGUAAAGAUGCAAACAAUAGACUAAAAACAGAGGAGAGGGAGAAUAAAAAUCAAGAUCUACUAAAAGAAAAAGAAAGUCUUAUACAGCAGCUGAAGGAAGAAUUGCGAGAAAAAACUGUUGGUCUUGAUAUUCAAGUACAGCAUGUAGUUGAAGGAAAGAGAGCACUUUCAGAACUUACACAAGAUGUUACUUGCUAUAAGGUGAAAAUAAAGGAACUUGAAGCAAUGUUAGAAACUCAGAAAGAUGAAGGUAGUCGUUCAGCCAAGUUAGAACAAGAAAUUAUGGAAAAGGAAUCUAUUAUUUUAAAUCAAGAAAGAAAUCUGAAGGAAUUUCAAGCAAAUCUUCAAGAUUCUAUCAAAAACGCCAAAGAUUUAAGUGAAAGGGAAGUCACACUGAAAGAAGAAAUCACAAAAUUAACAAACAAUUUGCAAGAUGCAAAGCAUUCACUUCAAUUAAAGGAAGAAGAAAAAGAAACAAACUGGCAAGAAACAGAAAAGUUGAAAGAGGAGCUCUCUGCAAGCGCUGCUCUUACCCAGAAUCUGAAAGCAGAUCUUCAGAAGAAGGAAGAAGAUUAUGCUGAGCUGAAAGAGAAACUGGCAGAUGCCAAAAAGCAGAUUGAGCAAGUACAGAAAGAGGUAUCUGUAAUGCGUGAUGAGGAGAAAUUGUUGAGGAUUAAAAUUAAUGAACUGGAGAAAAAGAAAAACCAGUGUUCUCAGGAAAUAGAUAUGAAACAGCGAACGAUUCAGCAGCUUAAGGAGCAGUUAAGUAAUCAGAAAGUGGAAGAAGCUAUACAGCAGUAUGAGAGAGUGUGCAAAGAUCUAAGCGUUAAAGAGAAAAUAAUUGAAGACAUGCAAAUGACCCUAGAAGAACAAGAACAAACUCAAGUAGAACAAGAUCAAGUGCUUGAGGCUAAAUUAAAGGAAACUGAAAGACUGGCCACAGAAUUGGAAAAAUGGAAGGAAAAAUGCAAAGAUUUGGAAACCAAAAGCAAUCAAAUGUCAAAUAAAGAACUUGAGGAUAACACAGAUGUACUUAAUAUAAAGCUCAGUAAGCUUCAAGAUGAGUUACAGGAAUCUGAACAGAAAUAUAAAGCUGAUAGAGAAAAAUGGUUAGAAGAAAAAAUGAUGCUUUUCACUCAAGCAAAAGAAGCUGAGAAUCUACGAAACAAAGAGAUGAAAAAAUAUGCUGAAGACAGAGAGCAUUGUUUGAAACAACAAAAUGAAAUGGAAAUGCUUAAAGCACAGUUGGCUGAGAAAGAUGGUAACCUCCAACAGUGGCGGGAAGAACGCGAUCAGCUGGUUGCAGCUUUAGAAAUACAGCUGAAAGCACUGAUCUCCAGUAACAUACAGAAAGAUAAUGAAAUUGAACAAUUAAAAAAGAUCACAUCAGAAACUUCUAAAACAGAAAAGCAGACCAUGGAUAUCCAGCCCAGACAUAUAAGUUCAAUGGAUCCUGGCAGGGUUGAAACUGAACCUCAGUCAACAAGUUUUGAAAUUUCCAGGGAUGAAGUAGAAGAUGGAUCUGUAGUCCUUGACUCUUGUGAAGUGUCAACAGAAAAUAAUCAAAGUACUCGAUUUCCAAAACCUGAGUUAGAGAUUCAAUUUACACCUUUACAACCAAACAAAAUGGCAGUGAAACACCUGGGUUGUACCUCACCAGUGACGGUUAAGAUUCCCAAGGCCCGGAAGAGGAAGAGUAAUGAAAUGGAGGAGGACUUUGUGAAAUUUGAAAAUAAGAAGAAUGCUACACCCAGAACUAAUUUGAAGUCCCCUGUUUCUGAGCAUAGAAAUUCUUCUGUCAAAAAGGAACAAAAGGUUUCCACACGCCCAUCAUCUAAGAAAACUUAUUCUUUACGGAGUCAGGCAUCCACAAUUAGUAUAAAUGUGCCUACUAAGAAAAAAGAAGGAACGCUACAGAAAUUUGGAGAUUUCUUACAACAUUCUCCAACUAUUCUUCAAUCAAAAGCAAAGAAGAUAAUUGAAACAAUAAGCUCUUCAAAGCUCUCAAAUGUAGAAGUAAGUAAAGAAAAUGUGUCUCGACCAAAACGGGCCAAACGGAAAUUAUACACAAAUGAAAUUUCAUCUCCUAUUGAUAUAUCUGGCCAAGUGAUUUUGAUGGACCAUAGAGUGAAAGAAAGUGAUCAUCAGAUUCUCAAACGACGACUUCGAACCAAAACAGUCAAAUAAAUCACUUAUGGAGAAUGUUUUAAUAUAAAAUUUAUAUUCAUAAUCAUUAUAACUUGCAUCCUGACUUUUUAAAGAUAAUUGUAUAUACUAUGAUGCAUCAAAUCCCUUUGUAUGUACAUUGCUAUUUUAUAAUAGUGUAAUUUUAAUUCAAUAAAGAAAAUA